ACUACUACAGGUUAUAUGCCUACAUCUCGAGGACAUCAUUCCUCUGUUCUAAACGGUCGUAUUAUUGUAUAUGGAGGUUAUACUGAUCGAAAUACGUUGGUUCCAGUUCCAGACGAUCUUGUGGUGUUAGAUACCGAAGGAUCUGUUUUUACUUGGUCAAAAGCAAAUGUUUCUACCCUCUCCCCUCCUUCACGUUGCUAUCAUUCUGCUACUUUGGUUAAUCAUUAUAUGAUUGUAGUUUUUGGAAGAAACGAUCUUUAUUUACCAUCUCCAACAAUGAAUGAAGUAUAUAUUUUAGAUACAAGCGGUGUGUGUGUUGGCUCUCCUUUUGAAGGAAUAAUGAAAUUCGAAAAAGAACAUAAUUUGCCUCAUAAUUAUAUAAACGUUAUAAUUUUGAAAAAUGGUGAAAAUGGCGCUUUUCAGCGAUUAGAACGUGGAGAACUUUUGCUCAACGAAUUUUAUCAAGUAUUCAGUGAAGAACUAUCAAACCCAAUUAAUAAACAACAUUAUAUACAAUAUCACAAAUUACGUGGAAAAACUGCGCUACCUCAAAUUCCAGAUCAAAUAUCAAUAGAUGGCAAAUUAUUAUUUCAAACAAUGAUGUCAGAAUCUAUAAAAAUCGACCCAGUCGUUUUCACUGCACUUAAAAAGCUUGGUUCAAGUAAUAAAUUUAAACUAGCAGCUUUGACAAAUAAUUUUCUAAUGCCAACAGAUGAUUUAAAAGAAAUCGAAUUAUUUGGUGGUAAUAUACUUCAGGAGUUGAAGUGUUUAUUUGAUGAAUAUUUUGAGUCUAGUGUUAUUGGACUGAGAAAACCGGAUCCAAGGAUAUUUUUAUAUGCAUGUGAAAAGUUAGGAAUUGAACCUAAAGAGGCUAUUUUCCUUGAUGAUAUUGGAGCGAAUUUAAAAACAGCAUUGAAUUUAGGGAUGCGAACUAUCAAGGUUGAAUUAGGUGGAUCAGAAAAAGCAAUCAAAGAAUUGGAGCAACUUACAGGAAUCUCGUUAUUUGAUAAUGAAAUAACUAAUAAAACCAAACUUUAA